AUGGAGUCUGGGAAAGAUCGGAGAAAUGACUGCAGGAGGGAUCUAGCAGGAUUCUGGACUAAUCGAGAAAGACAUCAGCCUUAUGUCAGAAGCACACUCAUACCGCCCCCACACCACGAUGAAGGUCCAUCCAGGCCGCGAACGGAAACCCACAGAAAUGAAAGAAGUAUGCCCCCCUUAUUAUCAACUCACAAUUUUUGUGUUUCCACCUCGGGAAUAGUCUACGCACUGAAAAAGCUCGGCCCAAAGGUAAAAUGGCCACAGAAGAUUCGGUCAGACCCGAGCACCAGAAAGUCAAAUGCCCUCUGCGAAUUCCACCAGGAACGAGGUCAUAAGACCGAGGACUGCAUCGCCCUUAGACAGGAGGUCGUGAACAUGCUUCACCAAGGGCACCUAAAAGAUCUGAUGAGCGAUUGUGGGAGGGCCAACUUUGCCCGAGGGCGAGAACGACACCAGGGGCCGCCCAAACCACCUUCCCCAGGUCGGACCAUUCAAAUGAUCAUCGGAGGAAGCGACGAUGCAUCCAUCAACAACGUGAAGUUCACCACCACCCAUAAACUCAAGCGGUCAAUCACCCACGAACGACGUAUUAUGGUCGAUGAUGGAAGUGGCACGUGCAUCAUCCAUCCUCGAGUUCUCACCCAAAUGAAGCUCGAGGACAAGAUAGUGCCACGCUGCAUCACGCUAACAGGUCUUAACAAUGCAGUUAAGCGGACAUCUGGAGAGAUCACACUGGUCGUCCUGGUCGGCGGCGUCACCUUGGAGACCACGUUCCACAUCAUGGACUAG